AGAAAGAGAAGCUGCAGUCCAUAUUAGUGCUGUGCUGAGGGUCGUCUGCACUUCAGCGCUUCUGGAAAAGCCUUAUCAAGUGGGAGGUUUGUAGGUUUUGCCCUCUUGAGUACGUUCCGGAGCCACAAGAUGUCAUGGAUACGAGAGGGGGAGUUGAGCUUCAUUGAGAGGCUCUCUGCCAACAUACUGAAGGCUGGCCCAAUGCCUAAGCAUGUGGCUUUCAUCAUGGAUGGUAACCGGCGAUACGCCCGCAAACGGCAUGUGGAGCGCCAGGAGGGGCAUACACAGGGCUUUGAAAAGCUGGCAGAGACGCUGCGCUGGUGCUUGAACCUAAACAUCCGGGAGGUGACAGUUUAUGCUUUCAGCAUUGAGAACUUCAAGCGUUCAAAAGAGGAGGUGGAUGGCCUGAUGGAGCUAGCUAGGCAGAAGUUCAAGAAGCUUUUGGAGGAGCAGGAAAACCUGGAGAAGCAUGGGGUUUGUAUUCGAGUGCUGGGCGAUCUGGAGCUGCUACCUCUGGACCUCCAGCAGCUCAUUGCCCAGGCUGUGGUUGCCACCAGGACACACAACAAGUGUUUCCUGAAUGUUUGCUUUGCCUAUACUUCUAGACAUGAAAUCACCAAUGCUGUGAAAGAGAUGGCCUGGGGGGUGGAGCAAGGACUGAUCAAAUCCAGUGAUGUGUCAGAGUCUUUGCUCAGUAAGUGUCUGUACAGUAGCAGCUCACCAGAUCCCGACUUGCUCAUUCGAACCUCUGGAGAGGUGCGUCUCAGUGACUUCCUGCUAUGGCAGACUUCCUACUCCUGCCUAGUGUUUCAGUCUGUUCUGUGGCCAGAGUAUUCCUUCUGGAACCUCUGUGAGGCCAUCCUGCAAUACCAGCUCAAUUACCAGUCUCUUCAGAGGGCACAAGAGCAACAUUGGGAGGAGCAGGCACUGCAGCAGCUGGAGGCUGACCGCAGCUGUGUGGCAGAGCUCAUGCGACAGCAUGGAAGUGGGACAGUUGCCGACACCCAGGACAGAAGGAAGCUUCUCCUGAGCUACACCCUAAAGAGGGAGGAGAGGGUGCAAGGCUUCCUCAGUGCACUCCAAAACAAGAGGGACAGUUUCUUUCACAACUUGACCAGCCAGGCUGUUCUAGCCUAGUACCGAAGGUAUUGCCUCCAAGGAUUGUCACUCUUAUUACCGUUUCAAGUGCCUGUUCACUUAAGGCAAUUGGCGGUUGUUUUGUAAUUAAAAAUAUUGUUGGUAAGUCAAGGAACCUACCCCUAUGGGGCAUUCUAUUUUCAAAGUCAUCAACUUAAAGAAUCUUUCACAUCAUGUACACAUGAGACUGGUUCCUAAGUGUACCUGUGCCAGUUUCCAGAGCUGAAAAGUACAGUAAUACCAUGUACACAUUGAGGUGUGAAUGUGCCUGUGUACAUGUAUGCUGGGUUUAGGUGACUAGAACCCUUUCUCUGAGAGUGUUUUUGGUGAAAUUUAUUGUACAAUAAAUCUGCUGAUCUGUACAUACCUUCACCAUGAUUUGGCUAGAGUGAGUUUUAAAGUUACCCAUGCAUGGUCUGUCAGAUGUAAAUGUAAUUUUCUGAUAAACAUUGUAUAAAACAAUAUUAGUUGGUCUUAUUUUUAUUUAAGGAACACAUGAUCUGUUACUAUGCUGAGAAGUCUAUUUCAUUGUGUGGGGGAAACACUAUUUUGUGUACACCACUAUUGUAAGUAAUUUUUAUUAAUGUCAUCCAGCUGC